CACUAUAAGUAGUAGGCUUCCUCAUUCUCACGGCUAUACCAAUUCUCUUCUGCUUGUUCCCACAGCAGAAAGAGAGAAUCAAUUACACACAAAACACACUAAAACGUUUCCAUUUGUGUAUAAAUAGCAUUGCAUGACAAGUAACACAGUCCUGAUUGCAUAGUAUACACAUAUAGCAUCAUCACAUAAUGGAGAAUGGUGAAUUGAGAGUGGCAAGUGCACGCAUAGGAAGCUCCAGCAUCUGGAGAAGCGGUGCUGUUGAUGUGUUUUCAGGGUCUUCAAGGAGGGAAGAUGAUGAAGAAGAGCUUACAUGGGCUGCCAUUCAGAAGCUUCCAACGUAUCUUCGAAUGACAAGAGGCAUACUCACUGAAUCAGAUGGUCAACAACCCACAGAGAUUGACAUAAACAAACUUGGACCUCUUCAGAGGAAGAAUCUGGUGGAGAGGCUCGUCAAGAUUGCGGAGGAAGAUAAUGAGAAGUUCCUCUUGAAGCUCAGAGAACGCAUUGAUCGAGUUGGACUUGAUAUUCCAACAAUUGAAGUCCGUUUUGAGCACUUGAAUGUUGAAGCAGAAGCUCAUGUAGGAAGCAGGGCACUACCCACAAUUUUGAACUUCUCCAUUAAUUUGUUAGAGGGAUUCCUGAAAUCUCUUCACCUCACUCCUAGUCGAAAGAAGCCAUUCUUAGUUCUCAAUAAUGUUAGUGGAAUCAUCAAGCCUAAAAGAAUGACACUGCUCUUAGGUCCUCCAACCUCCGGAAAAACCACAUUACUGUUGGCACUGGCUGGAAGACUCAGUAAAGAUCUAAGAUUUUCCGGGCGAGUUUUGUACAAUGGUCAUGGGAUGGAAGAAUUUGUACCUCAGAGGACAUCAGCUUACAUAAGCCAAACUGAUCUGCACAUAGGAGAAAUGACAGUCAGAGAAACAUUGGCCUUUUCAGCAAGGUGUCAAGGGAUUGGAACCCGUUAUGAGAUGCUGGCAGAAUUAUCAAGAAGAGAAAAGGCUGAAAACAUUAAACCGGAUCCUGAUAUUGAUAUUUAUAUGAAGGCAGCAGCACUAGAAGGCCAAGAAACCAAUGUAGUUACAGAUUAUAUAAUUAAGAUUUUGGGACUAGAUAUUUGUGCUGAUACCAUGGUAGGGGAUGACAUGAUUCGAGGUAUUUCGGGCGGACAAAAGAAGAGAGUCACAACUGGUGAGAUGCUAGUUGGACCAGCAAGAGCCCUUUUCAUGGAUGAAAUAUCAACUGGUUUGGACAGUUCUACCACAUUCCAAAUGAUCAAUUCCCUGAGACAAUCCAUCCACAUUCUGAAUGGAACAGCUGUCAUCUCUCUUCUCCAGCCAGCACCAGAAACUUUUGAGUUAUUUGAUGAUAUCAUUCUCCUCUCUGAUGGACAAAUUGUCUACCAAGGUCCAAGGGAAAAUGUGCUUGAGUUCUUUGAAAACAUGGGCUUUAAGUGUCCUGAGAGAAAAGGAGUAGCAGAUUUUUUACAAGAAGUAACAUCAAGAAAAGAUCAAGAACAAUAUUGGACAAAUAAAGAUGAACCAUAUACCUUCAUCACUGUUAAACAAUUUGCUGAAGCUUUUCAGUUAUUUCACGUUGGUCGAAAACUUGGUGAUGAACUUGGUGCUCCAUUUGACACAUCCAAAGGCCACCCUGCAGUAUUAACAAAAAACAAGUAUGGUAUGAGCAAGAAGGAAUUGUUAAAGGCUUGUAUAUCCAGAGAAAUCCUACUAAUGAAAAGGAAUUCUUUUAUCUAUAUCUUCAAGAUGUGGCAGUUAAUUCUCACUGGCUUAAUAACAAUGACAUUGUUCCUACGAACUGAGAUGCACCGGAAUACAGAAGCUGAUGGUGGGAUUUACAUGGGUGCUCUUUUCUUCAUAAUGAUUGUGAUUAUGUUCAAUGGAUUUUCUGAGUUAUCCAUGUUCAUUAUGAAACUUCCGGUUUUUUAUAAGCAAAGGGACCUUCUCUUUUUUCCUGCUUGGGCAUACUCUCUGCCUACAUGGAUCCUAAAGAUUCCUAUCUCCUUUCUAGAAGUUGGUAUCUGGGUUGUGAUGACUUAUUAUGUCAUAGGAUUUGAUCCAAGUUUUGAAAGGUUCCUCAAGCAGUACUUUCUGCUAGUUUGUAUCAACCAAAUGGCAUCUGGACUUUUUCGAUUUAUGGGGGCACUUGGGAGGAACCUUAUUGUUGCAAACACAGUUGGAUCCUUUGGUUUACUUGCAGUUCUGGUCAUGGGUGGAUUUAUCCUAUCAAGAGUUGAUGUGAAGAAGUGGUGGUUAUGGGGUUACUGGGUCUCCCCCAUGAUGUAUGGACAGAAUGCUAUAGCUGUGAAUGAAUUCCUCGGAAAGAGUUGGUCACAUGUUCCUUCUAAUUCAACAGAACCAUUAGGAGUACAGGUCUUGAAGUCGCGUGGGAUUUUCCCAGAAGCAUACUGGUAUUGGAUUGGAGUUGGAGCUUCCAUUGGAUACAUGUUCCUAUUCAACUUCCUUUUCCCAUUGGCCUUACAUUAUCUUGAGCCAUUUGAUAAACCACAAGCCUUAGUAUCAGAAGAAACCUUAGCUGAAAGAAAUGCUGCCGGAAGCGGACACGUCAUUGAACUGUCGCCUAGAUUAGAAGAUUCUUCUGCUAAGGAAAACGAAGGCCGAAGAAGUUUGUCUUCCAGAACACUAUCAGCAGGAGUAGGAACCAUUAGUGAAUCUGAUCACAACACGAAGAAGGGGAUGGUUCUUCCUUUCACACCUCAUUCAAUCACUUUUAAUGAGAUUAGAUAUGUUGUGGAUAUGCCACAGGAAAUGAAGGAGCAAGGCAUUCUUGAAGAUCAACUUGAACUUCUGAAGGGUGUUAAUGGAGCUUUUAGGCCAGGAGUACUGACAGCUCUAAUGGGUAUAAGUGGAGCUGGUAAAACAACACUAAUGGAUGUGUUGUCUGGAAGGAAAACAGUAGGAUACAUUCAAGGACAAAUCACUAUAUCAGGGCAUCCUAAAAAUCAAGAAACGUUUGCUCGAAUAUCAGGAUAUUGUGAACAGACAGAUAUCCACUCUCCCCAUGUUACUGUCUAUGAGUCUCUUGUUUAUUCUGCGUGGCUCCGGUUACCUCCCGAGGUUGAUUCUGCCACCAAACAGAUGUUCAUUGAGGAAGUUAUGGAGCUCGUAGAGCUAACUUCAUUAAGAGAAGCACUGGUUGGCUUGCCUGGAGUGAAUGGUUUGUCGACGGAGCAGCGCAAGAGGUUAACAAUUGCAGUUGAACUUGUUGCCAAUCCUUCUAUUAUAUUCAUGGAUGAACCUACCUCUGGCCUUGAUGCCAGAGCUGCUGCUAUAGUGAUGAGGACUGUGAGGAAUACAGUAGAUACAGGGAGGACAGUGGUCUGCACAAUCCACCAGCCUAGCAUUGAUAUAUUUGAUGCUUUUGAUGAGCUACUUCUCUUGAAGCGUGGAGGUGAGGAAAUAUAUGUUGGGCCUUUAGGCCUGCAAUGUUCACAUCUGAUCAAUUACUUUGAGGGAAUCAAUGGAGUGCCAAAAAUUAAGAAUGGUUAUAAUCCUGCCACAUGGAUGUUGGAGGUUACUUCAGAAGCACAAGAAGCAGCUCUUGGAGUUAACUUCGCUGAAACAUACAAGAAUUCUGACCUGUAUAGGAGAAACAAGGCCUUGAUCAGGGAACAUAGUACACCAGCAGCAGGGUCUAAAGACAUGUACUUCGCAACACAGUACUCACAAUCUUUCUUAACCCAAUGCAUGGCUUGCCUUUGGAAACAGAAUCUAUCAUACUGGAGAAACCCCCCAUAUACUGCAGUGAGACUUUUAUUCACAACAAUCAUAGCUGUGUUGUUCGGGACAAUAUUCUGGGAUAUAGGCUCGAAAACGAAACGAAAACAAGAUCUAUUUAAUGCUAUGGGAUCAAUGUAUGCUUCAAUCCUCUUCAUUGGGGUACAAAAUGCUACAACUGUGCAACCAGUUGUAGCCAUUGAGAGAACAGUUUUUUAUAGAGAAAGAGCUGCUGGAAUGUACUCAGCUUUGCCAUAUGCAUUUGGACAGGUUGCUGUUGAGAUCCCACACAUACUCACACAGACCCUGAUAUAUGGGGUUAUAGUGUAUUCCAUGAUUGGAUUUGAGUGGACUACAACCAAGUUCUUCUGGUAUCUCUUCUUCAUGUUCUUCACAUUUUUGUACUUCACCUUCUUCGGAAUGAUGCUUGUGGGUGCUACCCCAGAUCACAAUGUUGCUGCUAUAGUUUCUUUUGGGUUCUACUUGACAUGGAACCUUUUCUCAGGAUUUGUGAUUCCCAGACCAAGGGCGCCAGUAUGGUGGAGAUGGUUCUUCUGGAUCUGUCCUAUCUCUUGGACCCUAUAUGGAUUGGUUACUUCACAAUUCGGUGAUAUACAAGAACGGAUGGAGACUGGAGAGACUGUGCAAGAGUUUGUGAGGACUUAUUUUGGGUAUAGAGAUGAUUUCAAAGGUGUAGCUGCAGCUAUGGUGGUUGGCUUUUCACUAGUCUUUGGAAUCACCUUUGCCUUUUCAAUUAAGGCUUUCAAUUUCCAAAAGAGAUGAGCAUUUUGUACAAUUUGUAUUGUAAAUGGAUCACAUUCCAGAAUUUUGUUGAACUUGAAGGGGUAUAUAGAAAAUCAGAUAAACUUACUGAUUCUCAUGUGA